AUUAUCUUGACCAGUUUUAAUCUACUUUCACGAACGAGUCCACACCGAAAACAUGGAUGACCAAAAAACCAACGCCAAUGUUCGCGCCGCCACUCGGCUCGCCAGCUGCACCUCACUCGAGCGCCGACUCGCAUCCUGGUGCUACUUCCUGUCGACUUUGGUACUGAACGCCGUUCUUCGAAUGUUCGUCUGGCCGCACGUCUCGGGCAGCCCAUACCUGAUUUUGGUCGUCAUUGGCACACGCAUUGUCGUCGGCGUCUCCUGGGUGCGCCUCCACCCAUACCUGACGGGCGAAGAGCGUAUAGGUCCCUUAUUCACACCGCGGUUGGGCUUCUACCCACUGCCAUUGUCGAUCUUGUGCUUGGGAGCUGCUAUCGAAAAUGCAGGAUCAAAGAACUGGGUGGCUCAGGGGUACUGCAAGCAAGCAGACCUAGAUGACGGACGUGUUGGGUUUAUCGCACUAUAACACCAAAGUAUGAAGGGACAAUAAGGAUUCCGGGAUAGUUAGUGCUAUUCAAUAGUUAUUGUAUGGAGGCACAUUUAACUAGCG